AUGGAGAGUGGUACAAUCGUGAAAUGGCACAAAAAGGAAGGGGACGGAAUUGCUUCUGGUGACGUUCUAUGUGACGUGCAGACCGAUAAGGCCGUUGUUGGUAUGGAGACGGACGAAGAAGGCGUUAUGGCGAAAAUAAUCAAAGAGGCCGGCAGCACAAAUGUUGUCCAAGAGACUAUUGCCAUUAUUGCAACGGGUGACGAGGAUUGGAAGGAAGUGGCUGCUAAUGCUGAUGCCUUACUUGCUUCUUGGGGUGGCGCUGCGCCUCCAGCCGCUUCUGCCCCUCCACCUACUGCUAAUCCUCCAGCCGCUGCUGCGACACCGGAACCACAACCU